GGACGGGAAGAAAGGAUAGAAGCAGUAGAAGCCUGAAAGAAGAAGAAAAAACAAAAGACAAAGUGGAGAAGAAGACAACACAAAUUUGUUGUGUGAACCAAAACUAGUGAGGAGCGGUCAGUAAGACCCCAAUUUCCGAUUGGGACCACACAAGCAACGCCACCGCGAAAUUGGAUAUCUCCGAGAGUGAGGCGACGCCGGCGGCGGUGCGCAGAAGAAGACGUGAGACGAGCGAGAUGGCAUCCGAGAUGAGUAGAGCUAAUAAUUACUGUUGCGAAUGUGUUGCUUCACAAGGUAGAUGUAGUGCAGAUACGUGCCCGUGUGUAGCCGCUAGAAAAACUUGUGACGAGCACUGUGAAAGUACAAGAUAUCGAGGAGACUGUCUAAAUCAAGCAAUUUGUAAGUGUUCUUGUGAAGUAGAUCCUGCAAAACCAGCAAAGAACGCGUGUGCCAAAUCGGAACGAUGUGAUUGUCUUCGAAUAAAAGAAGGAUGUAGUAAGCUGUGUGCAUGUAAGCAGAUUUGUAAGAACAAGGAAGCACCAAAGAAGCUGGCUAAAGUUGCGAAACCUACAUCAGGGUGUCAAUGUGCAAAAGGAAAGAAACAAUGUGUGAAAAAGGAAUGUGCUUGUAGAACUGUUUACGGGUUCUGCUCAGCAAGUUGUAAAUGCGGAGGAGAUUGUACAAACGGAGCAUCGAAGUUUUCGGUUCCAAAACAUGUUCAGAAUUGUUUUUUGGAGCACAAACAUGAAUCAUCUGGGUUGAUUGUUACAUUGAUCGGUGAAGAUUACGUUUAUCGUGGUGAUUUCUAUCAUGAGUCGAAAGGAGAACCACAUGUAGAAGAACAAUUAGUUGCUGCAAUUUAUGAUCUCAUUUCCAAGUAUACUGUAGAUCUUCAUGAAAUUCAAAUCUUCGUCUCGAAAUCUCCUUGUUUCCAUCAGGAUUGUGAGCCGAAAUGUGAAGUUGUGGACGAAUGUAAAAGCAAUAAAGCAUGUGCUAAACUACUCGGAUUGCUUUUGAGUAAAGUUCGAAAAGAAAUCAAAAAAGUUGAUGUGAAGAUGACAGUGAAGUUCUUGUAUCCACAUUUGAACCGAGGAGAUUUGUACACUAAACAAGGAAUUCUGUGUAUGCUUCAAGCUGGUAUUAAAGUUGAGCCAUUGCUUAUGAAAGAUUGGUGUUCAAUUAUGGAUUGGAGUCCGCAUGUUGAUCAUAAGGGAGACUAUCUUCAACUUUGGAAUAAUCAUCACUUAGAUAAGGCCGUAGCACAAUCGCAACUUUUCAUCAACGAAUGCCGCCGUGCCCUCGGUCUUUCAAUGAAAUUCUGGGUUGCCGAAAUUCAUGAAAUAGUCAAAGACACAAUUCUACAUUUCUCCGAUCUUCGUACCAAAUGUGGGGAUCUUAACGAUGCACUCAAACAACUAGAUCUGACUGCAACUCCUCACAAGAUUCGUUCAACACCUUCAAAACGCAGAAGUUUCAUUGAUCUUCACGAACUUCGAGACAAAUUAUUGAGAUCGUCGUCGUCGGACGGUGGAAAGAAAGCAGGGUCUCAUGUGUCAGUAGCCAGUGAGGAUGCUCAAGCUCAAGCAAUGGUUGCUUCUUUCUGUGGACGUUCAUUCGAUGAUUGUGAGACUGAUGAAAUCGCUCAAAGAAUCCGUCGUGCAACUGCUAACAUCAAUCUGGAAAUUGAAACGCUCAUGGAGUUUCUCAAUCACAAGGGAGCUCUUUCUUGAAACAUCAAAAAAUAUUCUUCACACGCACAAUUUACUCUCUCUCUCUCAUCGGCUUUUUCUUUCUAUUCUUGUGAUUCUUUCACCUUUCUUCUUCCCUUUAAAACUGCCCGAUCUCUGAUUUUUUUUAUUUAUGUACCAUUUGUAACAAAAUAAUGAACAAAUUUAUUU